AUGAGUGGAAACAACAAUGUGACCGUCGCCAUUCCGGGAGAGGCUAACUGGGACGUUUGGUGGCAGUGGAAUGUGUUUGACAACUUCCAGCUUGACAUCGUUGGUUUCCUCGCCGUGCUUGGCGAGGGUGCCGUGCUCGCCAACGCACAAGUCUCAGCUCUCUCACGACUCUUCUACCUUCCGCGCCUGCUGCCCGCCCCCCAAGCUCUGAUACGAACAACACGACCGACCACUCUACCUUCCGUGACAGCUAAGGUUACUGGUGUUUAUUCUGGAAAUGUCAAAGACCAUGUCCACCAUGUUGCAAAUAUCCUGCUAAUGGAUACCAUUUUUCGCGGCCAACCAAAACGAGCUCCCACGAGAUCACCCCACAUGGGUCCCCCGUUGAUCAAGGCUAAGGCUACUGGGCCUCAGACCUGGGUAACUUUGAUCGGCUUUCUUGAGGCUGUCAUUCUCCUUGCAAUGUCGAUCACUUUUGGCGACGGUAUGUCAAUCCUUGCCACCAUCACGCUUGCCGGUCUUUCCACCGUUGUGGGCAUCAUCAACAAGUGGAAUCUUGUCCUGCCACGAAAGGCCCAAGGAUCCAUACCACCAGCCGGCGACGUUGUCAUUCGCUAUCCGAAUGGGAGCUAUCUUGUCGUUCGGUGCGACGAAGAGGUUGCACGAGAGCUCUACUUCGCACCGGAAGAGAUCGACUACGAAAUCCAAAACCCAAUUGUCUAUCGCAUGUUGUCUUUAGCGGGUACUAUUAUGCUCAUGUUGGGUAUCGUAUUUCUGGCCAAUGCAAAGCUUCAGCUGCAGUUUGCCUGGGCGGGCGGAUAUGUCAUUAUAAACAUUGCCCAUUGGAUUGCCGCUGCACUGCCUCAACGCUACAACUGGGAUUUAUCGUGCUACGAGGUUGAAGAGCAAGGUGUAGCUGGAGGCUGGAAGAACCCCAAUUUCACCGAGGCCUUGUGGAAAGCCAUCCUGCUCACUAAGUCUACACGUUGGGUGAAGAAUGGCGCUGCUGCUCCCCAAACCAAAGUCUGGGAUGAUUGGCUUGUGGAUGCCGAAGAGAAGGCAAAGGGGUACGCAUCUCAUCUCGGAAGGGUGGAAGACCCUCUCUGGCCCGGGUCGAACCCAGAAAAAUGCACGAUUUGGGAUGCUCCUUCACCCGAAGAUUGGGACGCAAAGAAGGCUUGGAAUCAUUUGAAUGAGCAGUUCUCCAAGGAGAAUGAAAAUGGGACGGCGUAGCGGAACCACAUCGACGACAGAUGGAACUUGAGAUGGUUUGCAUAGCGGCGGAAUGGGCGACCAUUUCCGUCAGCCAGCGAGGCGUUUUGCACUGGAUCUGGGAAGUAUGUAAGCGAGCACAGCUUUCUGGGCGGGCAUUGAUGAUACCAUUUUGAGCGAAACGAUCUUGAAUGAGAGCAUAUACAUCGAGACUUGAGAAACUGUACGCGACUGUACAAUAGUAAUAGCGCUGCAAAAAUGCACAUAUUUCUCAUUCC